GGGCUGGGAGGCAGGAUGAAGGGCUUCCUCCGGCUGGCCCUCGGAUGCUUGGUGGCGGACCUGCUCACGCUGGUGUGCCGGGCGCAGGAGAAAGCCGGGCAGCACCUGGGCAGCAUCGUGGUGCUCUCCGGGGGGAACCACUCCAGCUUUGGGGAGCACGGGGACGCCUCGGAGCCGCCCCCGACCCCGGACUUCUGCCGGGGCUACUUCGACGUGAUGGGCCAGUGGGACCCGCCGUUCAACUGCAGCUCGGGGGAGUUCGUCUUCUGCUGCGGCACUUGUGGCUUCAGGUUCUGCUGCAAGUUCAAGAAGACCCGGCUGGAUCAAAGCACCUGCACCAACUACGAGACGCCGGUGUGGAUGAACACGGGGAAGCCUCCUGCCCGCAUCGACGACCCCCUGCACGACCCCACCAGGGAUAAAACCAACCUCAUCGUCUACAUCAUCUGCGGGGUGGUGGCGGUCAUGGUGCUGGUGGGGAUCUUCACCAAGCUGGGGCUGGAGAAGGCGCACAGACCGCAGCGGGAGCACAUGUCCAGGGCUCUUGCUGAUGUUAUGCGACCUCAGGGUCCUUGCACAACAGAUCACAUGGAAAGAGACCUAAACAUUGUAGUUCAUGUGCAACAUUAUGAAAACAUGGAGGCAAGGCCACCUGCAAAUAAUCUGCAUGGUCCACAGAUGAAUAAUGUGGUACCAACUUCUCCUCUCCUCCCUCAGAUGGCACAUCCACAUUCAUACCCCAGCAUCGGACAGAUCACAAAUCCUUAUGAACAACAGCCCCCGGGCAAGGAGCUUAACAAGUAUGCCUCCCUAAAGGCAGUCGGAGAGUAUGAUGGUGAUUUUCCUGUGAUGACACUUAAGUCAAAAGCUGACAAGGUCAACGACGACUUCUAUUCCAAACGCCGACACCUUGCAGAACUGGCUGCCAAGGGGAGCCUGCCACUGCACCCAGUGCGCAGAGAGGAAGACAGAACAUACACACCUGACAAUGGCACGACCAGACAGAAUGGGCAGAAAUCCAAAGUCUCAAAGAUGCACACACACCCCUUAGCUUACAACUCCAACUUCAAAACCUGGGACCCCAGUGUCCAGUCCCUCCGACGGCAGACAUAUGCAAACAAGGGAAAGCACGGCACAGGAGAACCAGCAGCAAGUGACCCACUGACAACUCGGAGCCAGCACUAUCUACCCCCACAGCCAUAUUUCAUAACUAACAGCAAGACAGAAGUGACUGUUUGAGAUUGCUUUUGAGAAAAAAAGAUCCCUUAAAAACAAAACACACACAUAACUGAAAGAGGCAAAAAAAAAUGAUAUCAAGAAAGAAAGGAACUUCCACUUGGACAUUCCUGCUAUGAAGCCAAUUGUAAGGCAAAGAGUGGGCUAAUACCAUUCAGCAAUACACUGAAGGUUGAAUUAGAAACACCAUUUGUAUUUCACACUGGAAAACAAACCCUUGUGACUAAUUUUUUUUUACUUGAAACUGAAAUCCAUGAUGAGAAGUAGCACAAUCUAGAGAAACUUUAUGUCUGCUUAAACCAUUACACUAUGUUCCUGCCUUGAGACAGAGAGCUAGUG